AGCGCGUGGCUCCCCUCACACGCCGGGCUCGCUGCAGGCAGCAGGACCUCUCCCUUCAGCUACAAGGUAGUUCUCCUACGCAGGCUGUGGCAUCUCCAGCGUUGGAGGCUUUAGGAGCUCUUAGAGAAGAUUCUAUAAGAGAUCGUGUCUUCCAAGAGGGAUGGCUGGCACCUUUGGUCGUCUCCUGGCUGGCCGUGUGACUGCUGCACUUUUUGCAGCAGCAGGCACAGGGGUACUCACCACUGGGUACCUCCUCAACCAGCAAAAUGUGAAAGCUACUGUGCAUGAGAAGCGGAAGCUCUUCCCUCCCAGCGCAGACUACCCAGAUCUUCGCAAGCACAACAACUGCAUGGCUGAGUGUCUCACCCCAGCCAUUUAUGCUAAGCUGAGGGACAAGCUGACUCCCAAUGGCUACAGCCUGGACCAGUGCAUCCAGACUGGGGUGGACAAUCCUGGCCAUCCUUUCAUUAAAACUGUCGGCAUGGUUGCAGGUGAUGAAGAAUCCUAUGAGGUGUUUGCUGAGAUUUUUGACCCUGUCAUUAAAGCAAGACAUAACGGCUAUGAUCCGCGCACAAUGAAGCAUCACACUGACCUGGAUGCAUCCAAGAUCACCCAUGGCCAAUUUGAUGAGCGCUAUGUCCUCUCAUCACGUGUGCGCACAGGCCGCAGCAUCCGUGGCCUGAGCCUUCCUCCUGCCUGCAGCAGGGCUGAGAGGAGAGAGGUGGAAAACGUCGUGGUCACUGCCCUCGCUGGGCUGAAAGGAGACCUUUCUGGAAAGUACUACAGUCUGACCAACAUGUCCGAGAGAGAUCAGCAGCAGCUUAUUGAUGAUCACUUUCUCUUUGACAAGCCGGUGUCCCCUUUGCUGACAUGCGCUGGGAUGGCUCGUGACUGGCCGGAUGCCAGAGGAAUCUGGCAUAACAAUGACAAGACAUUUCUCGUCUGGAUUAAUGAAGAGGACCAUACCAGAGUGAUCUCCAUGGAGAAGGGUGGAAAUAUGAAACGGGUGUUUGAAAGAUUUUGCCGUGGCUUAAAAGAGGUUGAAAGAUUAAUUAAAGAACGGGGCUGGGAAUUCAUGUGGAAUGAACGCCUCGGGUACGUUCUGACCUGUCCAUCCAACCUGGGAACUGGUUUACGUGCUGGAGUCCAUGUCAAGCUGCCCAGGCUUAGCAAGGAUCCUAGGUUUCCAAAAAUCCUGGAGAAUCUGAGGCUGCAAAAGCGUGGCACUGGUGGGGUGGAUACUGCAGCUGUAGCAGAUGUGUAUGAUAUCUCCAACCUGGACCGUAUGGGUCGAUCAGAGGUGGAACUGGUCCAGAUUGUCAUCGAUGGGGUCAAUUACCUAGUUGACUGUGAGAAGAAACUAGAAAAAGGCCAAGAUAUCAAGGUGCCACCACCAUUGCCACAGUUUGGCAGGAAAUGAUCUUGCUGCUGAUGACUGGCAAUUGGCUGCCCUUCUGACAGAAAGGCACCUCUGUAUAUCUCUGUACAAAUAGCUUGUGUAAUAAAGCACUGCCUGAUACUUAA